ACCAGCUCCGUCCUGGCUUCAUUUGCUCCCGCCUACCCUAAAGCUGUCGUCGAUUGGCUCCGCCCCGUGACGUCAGGCCGCGGUGUCCGCCGGUCAGACCGGGACUCCUCGCACAAGAUGGCGGCUACUGUGCCCGGGGGUACCGGGACCCAACUCCCGCCGCACCGCUCAGCCCCGGCUAGGAUUGGAUACUACGAAAUAGAGAGGACAAUCGGCAAGGGCAACUUCGCGGUGGUUAAACUGGCCACGCACAUCGUGACACGGGCAAAGGUUGCCAUUAAGAUAAUUGAUAAGACCAAGCUGGAUGAUGAAAACCUGAAGAAAAUUUUCCGUGAAGUACAGAUCAUGAAGAUGCUUUGUCAUCCCCAUAUUAUCCGACUGUAUCAGGUGAUGGAAACUGAGAGAAUGAUCUAUCUUGUGACAGAAUAUGCCAGCGGAGGGGAGAUUUUUGAUCACCUUGUGGCUCAUGGGCGUAUGGCGGAGAAAGAAGCGCGCAAGAAGUUUAAGCAGAUUGUCGCCGCUGUCCAAUUUUGUCAUUGUAGGAAUAUUGUGCACCGAGAUCUGAAGGCUGAGAAUUUGUUGCUUGAUGCAAACCUCAAUAUAAAGAUCGCAGAUUUUGGGUUCAGUAACCGGUUUACUCCAGGACAGUUAUUGAAGACUUGGUGUGGCAGCCCCCCGUAUGCAGCGCCAGAACUUUUUGAAGGAAAGGAAUAUGAAGGGCCCAAGGUGGAUAUAUGGAGUUUGGGUGUAGUUUUGUACGUGUUGGUUUGUGGCGCUCUCCCAUUUGAUGGAAGCACAUUACAAAACCUGCGGGCCAGGGUCUUGAGCGGAAAGUUCCGGAUCCCUUUUUUCAUGUCCACAGAAUGUGAACAUCUUAUAAGACACAUGCUGAUUUUGGAGCCCAGCAAGCGCCUGUCAAUGGAGCAGAUCUGUAAACACAAAUGGAUGUGUAUAGGAGAGCAGGAUCUCGAGUUUGAAAGGUUAAUAGCAGAGUGCCAGCAUGUAAAAUUGGAGAGACAGAGGGAACCUUUGAAUGAGCAAGUUCUACAUACCAUGGUGGAAAUGGGUCUGGACAAAGACCGCACUUUGCAGUCCUUAAGAACAGAUGCUUAUGAUAACUACAGUGCUAUCUACAGUUUGCUGUGCGAACGGCUAAGAAGACACAAAACUCUACGCCUCCCUACCCCACCCAGUGCCCCUCGUCCACUGUCUUACACUGCUUCACCAAUACAGGCUGAUGCAGCUGGUAGUGCCGUCAGCAUGAAUGUGCCCCAGGUUCAGCUCAUCAAUCCUGAAAAUCAAAUAGUUGAGACUAAUGGCACCAUGAACUUGGACAGUGAUGAAGGAGAAGAGCCUUCCCCGGAAGCUUUGGCCAGAUAUCUGUCCAUGAGGAGACAUACAGUGGGAGUGCCGGACACACAUAAUGAAGGAGGAGCAGAGGAGCUACAGAAGAUCAUUCCUGGAUUUCCACGAGUCACUCCACAGACUCCAUUCCUUCCAGUCGCACAAAACACAAACACUCUGCACCCGUUACUACCAAUGCAAAACAUGCCACCCAGCGGCCACAUUGAGUAUAAGGAACAGUCCCUCUUACAGCCUCCCACCCUUCAGCUCUUAAAUGGCAUGGGACCUCUUGGACGCCGAGCAUCUGAUGGAGGGGCUAAUAUUCAGUUACAUGCACAACAGUUCCUAAAGAGGCCACGAGGGCCUUCACCACUGGUUACAAUGACAACUGCUGUACCUGCAGUUACCCCAGUAGAUGAGGAGAGUUCAGAUGGGGAACCUGAUCAAGAGGCUGUGCAAAGGUAUCUUGCCAACCGCUCCAAGAGACACACUUUGGCAAUGACCAGUCCUACAGCAGAAAUCCCCCCAGAACUACAGCGCCAGCUUGGGCAGCAGGGUUUCCGAAACAGAGUAUGGCCUCCGCACCUGAUACCUGACCAGCAUCGUUCCAUGUACAAAGAUUCAAACACUCUCCACCUACCGGCUGAGCGCUUUUCCCCUGUGCGCAGGUUCUCCGAUGGAGCCGCCACCAUCCAAGCAUUUAAAGCUCAUCUGGAGAAAACAGGACACCAUAACAGCAGCAUCAAACAGCUGCAACAGGAGUGUGAGCAACUGCAGAAGAUGUAUGGUAUACACAUGGAUGAAAGGACCCUGGAACACACACAACAGCAGCAUUUUAUGUACCUGCAGGAGCAUCAGCAACACCUCCUGCAGCAUCAGAUCCAGGAUUGCAUCCGCCCUGCACAGCCAUCUCCUCCUCUCCAGUCAUCAACCAUAGUAUCGGCUUGUGAGAAUCAGCCUGCUCUACUUACACACCAGCUCCAGAGAUUGCGAAUCCAGCCUUCCAGUCCCCCUCCAAAUCCAGCCAGCAACCACCUGUUCAGACAGCCAAACAAUAGUCCCCCACCAUCUUCCAGUGCCAUGCUCCAAACACAUGGGGCCCAACCUUCCACUCAGUAUCAGGGGGUGCCAGGUCAUACUGCCCUUUACCAGCCUUCUAACAGUGGCUCCCCUCCACCUAGCAUUACACUGCCACGCCUGGGCAUACAGCAGCCGCAGAACCAGCAGCAGUCAGCACAGCAAGUGACCAUCCAGGUCCAAGAGCCAUCUGAUAUGUCAGGAGCUGCACGGGGUAUUUCUAUUAAUACUUGUGCCAAUCACAUACAAAUGCAGCAGCGGGCAUCACUUAUGGCUUCAUUGGGCAAUUAUAACCACCGACCUCUGUCCAAACAACUGAGUGCUGACAGUGCUGAAGUGCACAGCUUGAAUAUGGGCCGCUUCUCUCCCUCCACAAAUUAUGACCAGACCCACCUACACCCUCAUGUAUUUCCUGAGCAGCCAAGACCUCCCCCAUCAGGAUACACAAGCCAAGGAAAUGCAGGAUACAGCAGCCCUUCAGGUGCUGCUGGUUUUUCUCAAGCCUUGAAAGUUCCUCAGCUGGAACAAUACCCUGCGUUCAGUACAACCGCCCAGCAGAAUUAUCCCACAUCAGCGCUACAACAAGCUUUGCUCUCGCCUACACCUAGCACAUAUACCAGACAUCACCAGCAACUGCCCCACAUGCUUCAGGGUCUGCUCUCCCCUCGGCACUCCCUGACAGGUCAUGCGGAUACACGCUUGCCACCUGCAGAUUUCAUGCAGCUCAUAAAACAGCACCAGCAGCAACAACAGGAGCUGAAUGAACUGUUCAACCAGCACCUGAAUCAAGUAGAUGCAGGCAACAUUUCCUACCAGAGCCCUUCUGAGCCCUACCACCAUCUCCUGCAGAUUCGACCACAAGAAUGUAUGCACCAGGCAACACAUACACCACCACCCAGAUUUCACCCGUCUAUGUUGCAUUCAGAGAGCAUGGAGGAGGAUUGCUCUGGAGAGGGGCACAGGAUGGGUGAUGGAGAGACUCUCAGAGGUUUGAGUAAACCCCUGCAGGAGAGUGGACAUGAUGACACCGAGUCUCUUCUGGGUACAAUGAGAGAGCAAGAAUUGAGUACGCAGCAGUAUCAGCCACAGACCUCUUACAGCCGGACCAAGCUGGCCAGCAGAGAACCAGGAUCUUCGGUAAACUGCAUGGACAGAGUUUCCCCUCCUCACGUCAUGGAAGUUCCAGACCAUAAUGGUGUCCCAUACCCUCCAAGGUCCACACCCAGUGAGCAUGCCCGUACCAGGAUGUUGCAGCGGCACCACACAAUCCAAACUAGUGAUGAUGCCUAUGUGCAGCUGGAUAAUUUGGCUGGUAUGAGCCUUAUGGCGGGUAAAGCUCUAAGCUCCGCCCGCAUGUCUGACGCCGUUCAGAGCCGCUCUUCACUGAUGGGAAGUCAGCAGCUUCAGGAUGGGGAAGGUGAAGAUUGUGAAAGAUCUCCUGAAGAGGCCGAACUGUCUGUGAUCAGUGACAGUGGGCAGCAUCUUUCCACCUCUUGCUACCCUACUACCAUGCUGUUGGGGUACAAACACACUGAUCUGAAUUUCAGCAUGGAGCAGGCAGGAGUGUGAACAGAGGUUUCCAUCAAGAAACAAGAGGGUCCCAUCUUUUGACACCAACAGUAUCUGCAGCUUAAGCGCCAAAUUUCAUCUGUAUUCCUACCCUGAACUGACUUGCCGUGCCCCACCACAUCACAGACUAAUUCUUCAAGUGCCCCUCCUAUUACGUUUAUUUUUUAAUUUUUAUUUUUUUCAAUCCUUUCUCCUUUGAGGAGUUUGGGGUCAUCACAACAGAAGGGCCGGGAUUCUUUCUCAAAGUUAGGUCUGUGAUUUUACCACCCUUGCAGGCAUUGGCAAGAGAUGAAAGAAUCUUGUUCUAAGACGCUUUGCGAACAGGGUAACUUUAGUGGGGGCGGGAAAUAUUUGGCGACUGAAAAUACAGAAACACCAGCAAAGAAUCCAACAUAGAAGUACGGCACUUACUGUGUCGAGAGACUGCAGCCUCAUGGUAGUAGGGGCUUUUUACCCUAGCAUGGACACAGGAGACACCGGCACCAAUAGGUGACCAGUGCAUGCAAAACUGAUGUCCAAGGGUGGCCUGGCAGGAGCAGCUAGUACCUAGGGUGGGGUAAUGUAGGAGACUUUGGCACCUGACCGAGAGCCUAUGUUCCUCAAUACACUCUAGUUGGAUACAUUUGUUCUCUGUCUUGGCUUACAGGGUUAAGUGUAGUAUAUUGGACACUGGUCAUGAAUUUGUAUUAUGACCUCUGACAAGCUCCAGAUUUCAUAAGUUGCACUAUUUUAUUUUACUCCUUAUAGCCGAGGGCAUUCCAUUUUGUUUUCCCUUAAGUUAUUCCAAGCCAAAGAAAAUCUUUAAUCCCACUUGUUAAAAGAAUAUUGGGCAGGAAUUAUGUUCCAUUUUAAUCAUUAGUUUUUAGAUCGUUAUUUACUUUCUUACUUUUUAUAAAUUUCCUUUUUUUAAGUUCCUGACCAGUUUUCCAGAUAGGUUGCCCCCAAAUGAGCAGAAGAUGUGAGCAACAAAGUGGGACAAGUGCCGUGGGUAUAAUUCUACCUAAUAGUGGCGUUCUGCACUGAUCCAUAGAGCUGGCACUGUUAUAAUAUAAAAGGAUUGUGCCAUCUAUACAAGUGCCUGGAGAAAGAGUAGGUCAUUUACAGUUGGCAUGUAGGCUAUACAGAUAUUCUCUGUACUCUUAAGGACCACAGGGCACUCAAUUACAGCCAUGUUGGCACCAUGUUUUGCACAUGAUGAAGCUGCUGCCUUUGGAGAGUGUAUCGGUGAUGAAUUGUGCCAUACCAAGUGUUUCCUCAUCAUUGUAGUGAUUGUAUUCUGAGUCUAGUUUAUUAAGAUGAUAAAACAACAACUCUAUAUUUUAUUUAUAUUCUACCUGCCUGAUGAGCGGCCAUAGUCACCUCUAUGGUUGUGCGUUGGUGUAGGAUAAACCUACACCCUGGGUGCCAACUCCUCCUGCCCAUCCACUUUUCAUAGACACAGAUCCCAUGCAGUGCCCAUGAGGCCCUUGGGAGAUUAGGCCUGGUGCAAUAUGCUACUUAUUUUACAUAUGAUUAUUAAUUUUUUUUGUGUGUGUUUUUGUCCGUCAUUAAUCAUGAUCAGAAUUAACCCCUCACUGUGUGCUGGGAUGUGUCCUCUCUGUCUAGCAGUGAGAUGGUUGAUGUGAGAUCAUAAAGUGUUUCACGUGGAGUAUAUGUGGGGACUGUGUACAUAUGUAUGUGUAUAUAAGUGUCUGUAUGGAUGUAUAUAUCAUGAGUGUGUAUAUAAAGACAUUUGUUCCCUAUAGCUCAGCAGCUGUUUCUUGUUUUGUCAAGUGUAGCCAUUUGUUUCUGCCAUGAGCUUAUUUUGCCUGUUACAGGACUUUUCCAAAGGACGAGUCCAGGAUGACUGUGCAUAUAUUUGUAUUUUUAACAAAUGCAAAGCCGCAGCUAUGCCCCCUCUAUAUGUGGAAUCACCACAAUGAGGUCAGGCCAUAAAACCAGGUCACAUUUUAUGGAUGCAAACAAGACCUUGUCCUGCACUAUAACCUUACAUAGUCUCUAUCUCUGCUUAUUCAUCACAGGCCCAAAGGUUUCUCUUCCACGUCUCUGUUGGUUUUCUGUUAACCAGUGUUGAAAUAGCUAGGUCUGGGUUGUAAUCCCAGGUCUCUUUGUCUAGCACUUAGUACCCAUCAUAUACUUUGUCAGUCUUGACAGUACACAGCUCAUUUAUGACCAACUAGUUGCUUUCGCUUGCAUGCUGCAGUUUUGCCCCUGCUUACAAUACUCCUUCCUUGUCUCAUCAACUGUCCACCUCUUUUCUAGGGGGCGCACAUGGUAGUUUCCAUACUGUCAUAUAUCAGUAGUGACCAUACAGACAGCUGCCCUAAAGUUUUAAACAUGUAUGUUGGAGACAACAUACUCUGUGCUCGCUGAUACAUGCUAAUCUGUUUCAUAAGAAGCAGUUUUUACAGAGGAGUGUGUCACGGGGGUUUGGGGAGGGAACAACAUGUCUUUAUAUACAGGUAUGUGUGUGUGUUGUCCCUGCACUCCUCACCAGUUCAUUUCAAUUUUGGCCCAAAGAGCCUUUCUUUUCUCUUACAAACACAAAUAUAUAUGAAAAUAUAUAUAGAAAAAAAAUAAUAA